AAACAAGAACAACAACGACUAAUUCAUCUGCCAAUAUAUUUCCGAAAAGUCGAAAACUAAGCGAUAAUGGUUUUGUGAAAUCUUCUAGGAUGUUAAUGGGUAAAAGGAUUGGGGUUGGUUUAAUAUAUUUCUCGAAAUAACUCAAUCCUUUUUUGCUAAGGUCUGGCGAGUUGUUCUUCGCUUGCCGGCCUCCUCGAGCCUCGUUACCUCGCGGUUCGCCGGCGACCCGCCGGGGCGGGCGGGAGAAGGAAGUCGCCGCGGCUUCCAAAGGGAAAUCACGGGAUUCCGGCUGGAGGAGAUCUAUGUUCACAAACGCGCAGCGCCAGGUCGAGCGCACCGGCCGCUCCGGCACUCCGCGAGACCAGUACCUUCAGGAUCUUGUGACCCAGUUCCAGAACGCCACGGAUGAAGAGUCUAAGGAGAAGAUAGUGGCAAACUUGGCAAAUUUUGCGUAUGACCCUUUUAACUAUGCGUUCAUGCGUCAGCUGAAUGUUCUUGAGUUAUUCUUGGACUGCAUUACAGAGCCAAAUGAAAGGCUUGUCGAGUUCGGUAUUGGUGGAAUAUGUAACUCAUGUGUUGAUCCUGCAAAUGCUUCAGUCAUUGUUCAGUGUGGCGGAAUCCCAUUGGUUAUACAAUGCUUAUCAAGCCCGGUGCGGAACACUGUGACUUAUGCACUUGGGGCAUUGUAUUAUCUAUGCAACCCUGCGACAAAGAAAGAGAUCCUGAAACCUGAUGUAGUUAGGAUUAUAAGAGAGUAUGCUGCAGCAGGAGCUGUUAACACCAGCUUCAGCAACAUGGCUAAUGCUUUCCUGGAGAAGCAUGUUGACUCGUGACCUUCGCUGAGAAUUUAGAGGGGUGCUAUGCAAAGGUGCCAUAAUGUCAUGUGCACAGAAAUUAGCAUUAUGAAAGAGGGAGUAAAAUGGAAGGAGGCUUCAAGACUAGAAUUGAAAGCCUGCUGUGCAUCGAUAUCCGAUGCUUACUCAAGCAGCUAGUUUAUUCCUUGAUGAGAGAAUGACGCCCAUAAGGCUUGGCUGAACAACACAUUCCUGCCUUUCAGCAAGAACAUCUCCCUGGUUUUCAAUACUUAUAGUUCAGUUAUCUGUCCAUGUAAUUUGGUAAUACCAACCAUCUUCUGUUCUUGAAUUGCCAGCUUGACACCUGCGCUGGCAAUGCUAGCGAAUGAACUCACUGAAGUCAAUGUAGCUGUCAUGAGUUAUUCUUCCUUUUCAGUGUCUGACAGAACCUGUAAUUUAAAGACUCUACAAUGUAGCAUCAAUGAGUUCAUUUUCCGUUUUCUA